CGGCGUCCCGACUGUGGCACAUCGAGGUUGUUGAUGGUUUCAAUGGUAUAAGCAAGCAAGCUUUUUUUCCACGGGACCGCUUUCUCGUGGCCAUUCCGCCUAUAUUCCGGCCUGGAGAAGGAGCAAUGCCUGAGGUGGCAAUGACCAGCACUGCCGAAGAUCCACGAGGUGUGGAGGGUCCUUCGGAGGCCGAGAAGCCCGCCGAUGGAAGCUCGUGGAUUCGACAGAAAAAGGCAUGGCUCGUGGGUCUGACCAUCUUCGGUCUGGCCACUGUGGUGAUCGUCGUGGUCGCCGUCUGCGCUACAAUUUUAGGCCCUAAAAACCCGCCCAUCAAAGGCUACCUUGCAGAGUACCAGAAGCUCCCCGGUUACGAGGUAAACCGGCCGGCACCAUCGGCUAUCCUCAACGACACGGACCUAGAGCAGUGCGCCGCCAACUGUUCGACCAACCUCGAAUGGGAAUGCGAGCACGUGCAGUUUUGUGCUCGUGAAGGAACGCAACGCGGAAGCUGUCAUCUGUUCCGGGCCAACACCAGGCUGCGAUCCUCCCUGUCCCUCCACAGCUGCGACGUCUACACUCGUGGAGACCCUGCAGAGACUGGUAUUCCACACGGAGGAGCAUCAUCGCUCAAGACAGGAGUUUGCGGAAGACUGUCCUGGAUUCUCUUGAGCCUGGUCGUGGCCGCCAUUUUUGUAGCCUGACCAUGGCAUGGCAGCGCUUCGACAGUGGAGCCAUCUGCUGGAAGAGUGUUGAUGUCCUCACCCUCAAUCGGCACUAUGCACACGUCUGCUCGGAAAAUACUUUGUGCCGGAAGAUGACAUGUGAUCUGGGACUGCAUUGUGCACCGAUCUCUUUGCUUAGAGAGAACAGCAAAGAUCCGGGCUUUUGUUGUCUUUGUCCUGCCCAAAAUGUUGAUCUGCAGAAUGUUAAUUUAUAGUGCUGGGCCGAGUCGAGUUGGCAGUUAGUCAUGCCACUAAUGUCCCCGGUUCUCGCUCUCCAUUUUUGUUCUCUUUCGCCAGCCCUUGGGCGGGGGAACCUUUCCCGACGGUGAUACAUCGCAUAAUACUCUUGUGAUCACAACAAGGCAGGAUAUGCUUGUACUGUCAUAGCACUGGUCCUUGCAACAGAGAUCUGCUAAUAAACCACCGCUAGUCCAUCGGGAAUGUGGGCUGCACCCCCCCCCCCCCGACUCACGGAGCGGUGGGCAGUGCACCCAUACUGUAUUCUCAUUCCACGUAUAUUCUAGCUCUAACUGAAAUAUUUUUGCCGAUGUUUUCUACUGAUCUAAAUGGAACGGUGUUCCGCGUAAAAUUGCAAGGCACACUUUAUUUUAUGUUUUUAGAUACACAUAGCAAUAAACAUGUACAACAGCCGCCAUUAUCCGGAAGAGUUUCAUACACCUGCAAAUAUCACUUAUCCCCCCGAAACACUAUUUCGCACCACUCUACCUGGAACAUAGGCGUGCGAACACAGAGUGGCGGGGCAACCAGGGGGCAUGCCCUCUGCCCUCCAACCCUUUCGCUUCCCUUGGGAAGGGGCGGGCGCAGCUUUAGCGCACAUUCGUCGCUUCCUUUUCCCGUGAGCCCCUUCGAUAGUUACUUUAAUGUUCUAUUGAGCAGGGCAUUGCGCUGUCUGCCAGCUAUAUGCUUCAACCAUUCAUUUACCCAUUGGUGAAAAAGAAUGCAAGCUUUUGCAAGCAAGCACAGGAUGUGUAAGAGCUAGAACAUUCAAUUACUCAGUUUACCCGUGCAUGCUAGCAUCUCAAAUACUUCAUGCCUUCUGCCCUGAAAAGCACAAUGUAAGAUUUCUUGUGUAGUAGCAGUAAAGUUUAUUUUGUCCGAGAUGGGGUUUAGGGAGUGGGGGAGUCGGGAGGGUCCGUCCUCUUCCUCAGGCGGCGAGCAGACCCUGCGCUUUUGCGGCGUCUUCGGCCAUCUGGACGACCCGGAGUUGAUGACGGGUGUGCGUGUGUGUUAUAUAUUUUUGCGGGGAUGGUUUAAAGGUUCACAAGUUACUGCAUUUGCUGUAAUACAUCAGCAUUGGUGCAGAUAUGUGUUGCAGAGUUUGCGAAUCGUGUAGUUUUACGACAUUAACUACGGGUAUUCGUACACGUGUGACACGUGAAAUUGUACUUCGUUGAAUACAGUAACGCUUCGCUCAACUGUGUGAAGUGUUUGGACUCAAUAAAAUGUUACUAAAAAAGAAUCGAAUGCCCUUUC